UCGCGGUCUUUUGAAAUGUCGGCAGGAGAACGGGACGAAUUCCCCAAACGCUCCUCCUGCCCUCAGGACGAGGCGUGCGCUCCCGUGCGCCCCUGGGCUGGGAGGCGCUGCCCCGGGCGAAGCUGCGUGCCCAUAACUUCCCGUACACCUUGUUGGAAGCAGGCGGCGGGUGUUUUGCCUGGCUUUGCGGAGCAGAGCGCAGGUUGCCUCUCUCUCCUGGUGACAGUGCAGGAUGCUGAGCGUUACACCACCUUAUUUGCCAGUGUCAUCCUCAGGUGUGACUACAGCACCUCAGCUCAGCUGCAGGACGUGGUGGUGACCUGGCGAUUCAAAUCCUUCUGCAAGGACCCCAUCUUUGACUACUACUCAGCCUCAUACCAGGCUGGUUUAGCCCUGGGCCAGGACCCAUCUAACGACUGCAACGACAGCCAGCGAAAGGUGCGCAUUGUCAUCCAGAAAUACGGGCAGAAGGACCCCGUGCUGGGCAUCGACUACCAGCAACGGAAGAUCACCAUCCAGAACAGAGCAGACCUUGUCAUCACUGAGGUCAUGUGGUGGGACCACGGCGUGUACUACUGCACUGUGGAAGCACCAGGAGAUACAUCAGGUGAUGCGGACAAAGAAGUGAAGCUGAUUGUUCUCCAUUGGCUUACGGUGCUCCUCAUCAUUCUCGGUGGCCUCCUUCUCCUUCUGCUGAUUGGAAUAUGCUGGUGCCAGUGCUGCCCCCAGUAUUGCUGCUGCCACAUCCAGUGUGGCUGCUGUCCAACCCGCUGCUGCUGUAACCAGGAAGUACUGGAACGGCAUCGGUUCAUAAAGCGGGCUCAGGCACUUGCACCUUGGAUAUCACCCAACAUGUUCUAUGGAGGUGGUGACAGGAACUCAAAACUUUCCUCUUACCAGCUGAACCCUCUACUGCAACGAGAUGUGUCUUUGCAGAACAGUCUUCCACUGGUACAGCCACAAGCCCAGCUUUCCCAUAACAACGGUGUUUUGGACUAUCUGGAGUCUGAAAUCCAAAACCUCAACAUGUCACAGCUCCGGCCACCCUCCCACCAGCGGCAGGCUGUGCAGCCCAGCCUGCUGUCCUCCCUGGGCUCCGACAUCAUGCCACCUCCUCUCGCUGAUCACAUCUCCUCCAUCCAUGGGAGCAGCAACUCCUCACGGCCGCAAAGAGCCACCCGCACCCCCCGACCCUGGGACUCUGCAGCAGAGGACAGAAGGGAAAACCGGAGGUGGCCCGUGCCUUCCAGUGGAGAUUCUCAUUCCAGCUACAGUCAGGAGAUCUGGGACAGGCAGCGAGAGGAUCAUCCUCAGAGGCAGAGGACAGGUGGCUACAAUGGCAGGCCACAGUACUCCAGGCAGGAUGUGUCGCCCACACGCCAAGCUGAGAGGGGCAAGAGCAGCAGCAGCAACCGUUUCUAUCCAGAGGAGGCCAAGGAGCGCUCCAGCCACCAUCGUGGCGGGAGACAGGAGCCCACAGGGAGGCGAGAAUACGAGAACCACACUGGGAGGAGCAAUAACUCAGGCCAGCAGCGGCACAGCUACUCCCCCCCGUCUCGCAGGGGGUCGUGGAGCUCCUCAGAGGAUCAGGUCCAUGUCCCAGCGACAAACCACGGGCGGAGGAACCGGUCUCGGGAAUGGCCGGAAGAUAAACCCCCCAGUUAUCGCUCCUUAGAAAUCAUCCCGAGUCAGGACAAGAAGCUCAAAGGCAGAGCAGGGACACGCUCAGACAGAGCAAGUUCCCACAGUGGAAAAAGCAUAAUCAUUUAAUGUCAGUACUGAAAGAACUACGAUUCCCACUGGACUCCUCUUAAUUUUUUUACUGUGUGGGUUGGGAUGGCUGCUUUUGACUGAACAGACAACCAGCAAUAAACCAGCAAUAAAACAGAUAAAGCAGCUUCUCCUUAGA